AUGGGCUACUGCUGCUGUCCACCACACGAGGUCCUCAUUUUCAAAACAAACAAAAUGGCGGCGCACAUGAGAUGGGGUCUUCAGCAAUUGUUACGGGCAAGAAAAACGGCUAACUCUAGGUUUCUAGUCAAGACCAGAAGCUCAUACCACUCACGGUGCUCGACCCAGAUCUUCAGACAUGUUCAUCCUCUGCCAGGGACAGGAACCAUACACUUUUCAAUAAGGCACCUGUCCAUCCAGACUCAAGACACUCCAAACCCCAGGAGCUUGAAGUUUCUCCCUGGUAAACCUGUUCUAGGAAGUGGGACGCUUGACUUUCCCACUUCGAGCUCAGCUGAAUGUUCAUCUUUAGCCAGAGACCUGUUUGAAAUUGAAGGAGUAAAAAGUGUGUUCUAUGGCCCUGACUUCAUCACUAUCACUAAAACAGAUGAGGAUGUGGAAUGGACAAACAUUAAGCAUCAUGCUUUGGAGGCCAUUGCCAAGUUCUUUGAGAGUGGUGACCCAAUAACAAUAGGGGCAGUGCACCAUGAAAGUAGUGUUUCUGAAGAUGAUGAUGAUAUUGUAUCUAUGAUAAAGGAGCUUCUGGACACUAGAAUCAGACCUACAGUGCAGGAGGAUGGAGGCGAUGUCAUCUAUAAGGGGUUUCAGGAUGGCACAGUCAAGCUGAAACUGGUUGGUUCCUGCACAGGAUGUCCCAGUUCUACAGUUACCCUAAAGAAUGGCAUUCAGAACAUGCUGCAGUUUUAUAUUCCAGAAGUAAACAACGUGGAACAGGUGGAAGAUGAGGUGGAUGAAAUCAAUGCAAAGGUUUUCUUAGAGCUGGAACGCAAAUUACAAGAAUAAAAACGUCCAUGAACAACACAUUCAUGGAUUUUGUUGGAACACAAAUAUUCCAUUGUGUAAAAACACAGCCAUGCAUAAUUUCCACUAAUUAGUUACCAUUGUACUAUCAUAAGAAUGAAAAGAGAAAUUAUUACCUGCUAUUUUGUGUGCAUAUUAUAUACUGUUAAGUGUGUCCUCUGUAAUUUAUGUGUACAUACUCUAUGUCCCUGUUACCAAGAAAAGGAGAUACAGGAAUAUACCUGUAUACAGAAAAUACCUUAAUUCUUCUGUAAAUGUGAUGUAUUUAUUUCUUAUAAAUAUUUAAUAUUUUUAAAGAAUAUUUUCAUAGAUUGAAAAUAUUGUGAAUUUUUUUUGACAAUUUAUAUGGUCAAACAGAAUGAAGAUUUGACAAGGUAUUUCAGUGGUUGUUGGUGCCAUAUACCUACUGAAACACAACUGGACAGUUUUUGCUAGUAAAUACAUCAUCUGUAAAUUAAAUAAAAUGUUAUUUAGGCUACAAUUAUUCAUCAAGCAGAAAUAAGUUUGCUGUGUAACUACCUAUAAGAUGUGGAUGCUAUGUAUGUGCUUUUUGUGCUCCAUUCUUCAGAUUUACUUUAUCAAACAAAGUUCACAGUUUGAAAGCAAA